AUGUACAAGAAUACGUGCCUGUGCGGGGCGCCCUUCAGCAACUUGCCGCCGCCUGAGACAGGUGGUGGAGGGACCAAGCCUUCCAAGGGCAAGGGCAAGGGCAAGGGCCAGGACCAGGCCGCGUUGGAGGCGCAGCUGGAGUCGGUCAUCAAGGACCGCGGCGGCACCGAGCAGGCCAAGGCGGCCCAGGCGCUGCUGGACGCCACUCGGGCCGCUGGCAAGAAGGCGGAGUCGUCGCAGCCGAUCACGCAGCAGGUGACAGCGGCUGCCUCGAAGGUCCAGAAGGCUCAGACAGCUUUCGAUAAGGCGCAGUCGCAGCAGCUCAAACUCACGAUGGAGCUUGAGAAGUGCAAGAGCGCCCUGCAGAACGCUGCGACCACCUUGGCGCGGGCGGAGGCUGAGAGGGCCACCUUGUUUCGCUCCAUGGUGCCAACGGUUGCGGCGGCUGGUGCUCAGCAGGCAGCGGCGCCGAACAACACCAUCGACUUGUCGGCGCUGCUGUCGGCGCAGUCGGUGGACGAUUCGCUGUUCACCUUGUCGCUGGGCGAGGAGUUCAGCAAUGCCGAUGGCCUCCUGGAGCAGAGCGACGUCGAAGAGCUCGACAGGAGGAAGAAGGCUGUUAUGGAGGCCUUGAUGCACACGCUGAAGGCCACGUUCGGCGACGCCCAUGAGAAGCUCAAGGAGCAUCGCGAGAACCUCUCGGAGAUCCGCGAGAAGAUGGCCAAGAGGCGCAGGGAGAACUCGCCUGGGCCGCCGCCCACAGUCGCGUCAGGCGGCCCAGGCUCAGCAGCGGCCGCCUCGGGCGGCAGCGCGGCUGGGCAGGCAGCCGGGCAGCCUGCGGCUGGUGCAGCUGCGGCGGGCUCGGCGCCUGGCGGCGCAGCUGCUGAUGCGGAUGCCGUGGAGGCUGCGCGCUUGACGGCGAUUGAGACGAAGCUCAAGUCGGACGCGGAGGCGAUGCUGGCGACGGCGAGGGGCGAGCCCGCCAGCUACGAGUCCGAGUUCGGCCCCUACAUGUUCAUCUACGCGACGCUCUCUGUACAUGAGAAACCUGGGAGGAAGGCAGGCUACAUCGGGAUGUUGUCGGCGGCUUACGAGUUCAACGGUAAGUCCAAGGCAGACGGCAUCACCAUGGGCACGUUGAAGAAGUUCAAGGUCCAGUCGAUGCGGCAUCUGGCAUCGGCUCCAUCGGACCAGGUUGGGUUGCGCGAUCUGGAUCGGAGCCCAAAGGACCAGCCAGGCAUUGAUUUUCGUGAUAUGGUGGCCAUGCAGUUGCGAGCUCAGGGCCAGUCCUUGUUGAUCGUCGGAGUGUAUAUGACGUCGUCGGUCGGCCCGAAAGCUAACGCGCCUAAGCUCGCCAAUGUUGGUACUCUGGUUUCCACUGUCCAGGGGCCGUGGCUCGCCAUCGGAGAUUGGAAUAUGACACCGAAGGAGUUGGCAGGAACGGGCUGGCUCAGUCUUGUGACUGGCAGUGUGAUCGCCCCUUUCAACACGGAUUACACUUGCACCCUGGGCUCGGGCCGCAUGCUGGACUAUAUGGUGGUCUCUCAGCAUGCGAUGCCGUGGGUCGAGUCUCUCUUGGCUGAUUUCCAGGCGGUGGAGGGGGCGGGCAAGGCCCACUAUGGGCUUCAGCUCAGCCUCAACUUCGACGCCAGUCGGGCCAGAGCGUGGCCCAUGCGAAUGCCGAGGGCUUUUCCGCACCCUGCUCGGCCCAAGCUCAAAGCAGACCCUGCCAGUAAACGUUCGCAGAAGAAAGUGGAGGCUCAAGCUUGGCGAGAUGCUCGGCCACAGCCGGCUGUCGCGCCUGCUCCACCCUCGUGGGGCCCGAGGCGCAAGCUGGUUAUCAAGAGCCCCCCUCCGCUGCAGUAUUCUCUUUUUGGUGAAGACGAGGACGAGUUUUUCACGGACGGUGAGGGCGCGGACGUUUCUGGCGAAGAGGAUGAUGUGCAGGUGGCCGUCUCUGAUUCGGACGUGGACACGCAUGCCUCGAUCCAGGCGGAGUGGUCGUCGGAAGCGAAG